CUUCCACAAUCCACAUAAAUGUGAUUUAUUUUAUUCCAAAAUCAAUCUUUCCCGAGAACUUUGCGUUCGUUUAAAACGUUUAUGUUACAAUAUAUUAGAAUAGUUUAUAGUAAAAACUUUUCUUAUUUUUUAAUAUAAUUUAGAUUAACAAACUAAGAACAUUUUUGUCCAGUAUGGUUGAGGGAGAACCAGUAAAUCAAACAAGUGAAUUUCCAAAAGCAGAAAAUGAUCAGACUGUACCAGAUGUUCCAUCUACUGAAUUAGUUGUGAAACAUCCAUUGGAAAACAAAUGGACAUUAUGGUUUUAUGAAAACAGAAGUAAAGUUUGGGAAGAUAAUGUUCGUGAAGUAGCCAGUUUUGAUACGGUCGAAGAUUUUUGGUGUUUGUACAAUCACAUUAAACCUCCAAGUCAACUAUCUUUGAACUGUGAUUACAACUAUUUCAAGAAUGGAAUUAAACCUAUGUGGGAAGAUGAUAGAAAUAGCAAAGGAGGUCGUUGGCUCAUGCAGUUACCAUCGGCGAAAUCGAACCCAUAUGUAGAUGAUUACUGGAAAAAUAUUAUAAUGAGUAUAAUUGGUGAAGUUUACAACGAACAGAGUCGUGAAAUUAAUGGAGCUAUAGUAAAUGUACGACAAAAAGGAACAAAAAUAGCUGUAUGGACUAACAAUGCAUCGAAAGACAAUGCUGAUAACAUUAUGGCAAUAGGGAAAAAAAUUAAAGAAGUAUUGGGUUCAAAUAACGAAAAGUUAGUGUACGAGUCUCACGCGGAUACGGCGACCAAACAAGGAUCGUUUACAAAACCAGCUUUUACUUUAUAAACUUAAAAAAAAAAUCUAUAUAAUAAUGAAAUAAUAUGUACUUCAAAACAAUACUUGUACAGUUAAUAUUGUGAUGCGUUUUACGCGUAAUGCUGAAUUGAUAAAAAUACAUGGGGCUUAUCAUUUGUGAUAAAUGUUUAUUUUUGUUAAAAUUGCAUACAUAUUAUUAUUAUAUUAUAUACUGUCCGCAUGGAUGACAAAAUGUCUUUGUAUAUACAAUAAUAAAAUCUGGUUUCCCCACUCUA